CAUAUGACGUCAUCGCCGCUUCGUCACACCGGAUGUUGAUAACUGUCUGGCGGAAGAGCAAGAAGAAAACAAACGCUCGAGCCGUCUAGAAAUAAACAACAGACAGAUACUAAACUACAAUAACAGUCGACAUCAAGAGGCUUGCCAGUCACAGGUGUGUUUGCUGGAGCCAUGGGCCGCAUCUUUCUGGAUCACAUUGGUGGGACGCGUCUCUUCUCCUGUGCUAACUGUGACACCAUCCUGACAAACCGAUCUGAGCUCAUCUCCACACGCUUCACCGGUGCCACGGGCAGGGCAUUCCUCUUCAACAAGGUGGUGAAUCUGCAGUACAGCGAAGUGCAGGAUCGGGUGAUGUUGACCGGCAGACACAUGGUUCGCGAUGUCAGCUGUAAAAACUGCAACAGUAAGUUGGGCUGGAUCUAUGAGUUUGCCACCGAGGACAGUCAGCGCUAUAAAGAAGGCCGUGUGAUUCUGGAGAGGGCGCUGGUGAGGGAGAGCGAGGGCUUCGAGGAGCACGUGCCCUCCGACACGUCCUGAGAAGUUCAUCUUCUCACUUUUCUGUUGGCUCACAGGUAGUGAGGCUUUGUGCGGAUGACUCAUUUGUGCAUUUCUCAUCCAGAGCACAACACAAACUCUGUAGAUUAUCUCUGAUAUUGAUUCAAGCAAUUCUGUAUUUACAAAGCACCACAGGAUCUCAACAAGACCUAACAUUUAAAUGACAGGACACUGAUUUACAAGGCCGCUAGAAGCUUCUGUUCUGAAUUUCCUGAUCAAGUUGUUUAUUGAUCUGUACCCUCUAUUGCAGUGUUUAUGAUGUGCUGUGGAUCUUUCUGCCAUGAAUGUGCUGAAUGAGCUGAUAAACCAGUUUUUUUCCAUUCUAAUUUAAGCGCCAACCUAAGUAACAGGUCAGGUUGUGGCUUCUCUUGUUUCUCUGAGUCGACAAACUCAAUAAGCGGUUCGGAAUUUCACUCCAAAAGGAUGGGAGAAGUCCUUUCUGGUGUAAACAUGACCAUGAUCUGUCUCAGUUCACUUGAUAAAUCUGUCUCAUGAUUGAUUAUUACAGAGACACCAUCUUCAGAACACUGAUGUCAAACCUCUAUUUUCCAGAACACAUGCAAUGUGAAACAUUUGACGGGACUGUUGCCUGUGUCUGUGUGUGUGUGUGUGUGUUAGGUGACACACUGUGGUUGUUUGAUUGGAUAUUUGUGACUUAAAGACUCAUGCUUUUGGUUUCUGCUGAUUUAAAGGUCUGUAUCUGUGUGGCUUCACUAUUAAACUCUUUUGUGUUGUAAGUAUUGUUAUUGUUUGGUCCUAUCAAUUCAUUUUCUCAUUAAAGAAUCUUGUAUUGCAUCGUGAA